GUCCUCUGGCCGGAGUGAAGCCACUUCCGGCCUCCCCGGCGCAUUCCUCAGUCCUCUUCCGGGUGAUGGCGGCCGGGUGCCCCGGAUGUAGCCCUGGCGCAAGCAUCUCUUCUUUGCCGCCUCACCUCCAGCGGAUCCCCAGGUGAGCGCGCGAGCGUGGGACCAUCCGAAUCCCCGUGGCCCUCUACUUUGUACGCAGCCCGGGACAGGUGGAGCUCACCACACGGAAUUGGGAGUUCGGAGCAGGGAGGAACGGGGCGGCGAGGGCGCCAGGUCCUGGGUCCGCCCGGGCCCCGCGAGCUCCGAGAGAGCCUGGCUUGAGGAACACCUUCUCUGCCCUGUCAUGCCAAAGAGGAAAGUGACCUUCCAAGGCGUGGGAGAUGAAGAGGACGAGGAUGAUAUCAGUGUCCCCAAGAAGAAGCUGGUGGACCCUGUGGCUGGGUCAGGGGGUCCUGGGAGCCGCUUCAAAGGCAAACACUCUUUGGACAGCGAUGAGGAGGAUGAUGACGAUGGGGGGUCCAGCAAAUAUGACAUCUUGUCCUCAGAGGAUGUAGAAGGUCAGGAGGCAGCCACACUCCCCAGCGAGGGGGGUGUGCGGAUCACACCUUUUAACCUGCAGGAGGAGAUGGAGGAAGGCCAUUUCGAUGCCGAUGGCAACUACUUCCUGAACCGGGAUGCUCAGAUCCGAGACAGCUGGCUGGACAACAUUGACUGGGUGAAGAUCCGGGAGCGGCCACCUGGCCAGCGCCAGACCUCAGACUCGGAGGAGGAGGAUGGCUUGGGCCAGACCCCAAUGAGUGCCCAAGCUCUCUUGGAGGGACUUUUGGAGCUCCUGUUGCCUAGAGAAACAGUGGCUGGGGCACUGAGGCGUCUGGGGGCCCGAGGAGGAGGCAAAGGGAGCAGCAAGGGGCCCGGACGACCCAAUUCCCCACAGCGCCUGGACCGGCUCUCUGGGUUGGCCGACCAGAUGGUGGCCCGGGGCAACCUUGGCGUGUACCAGGAAACUCGGGAACGGUUGGCCAUGAGGCUGAAGGGUUUGGGGUGCCAGACCCUGGGACCCCACAAUCCCACACCCCCACCCUCCCUGGACAUGUUUGCUGAGGAAGUGGCGGAGGGGGAACUGGAGACCCCAACCCCUACCCAGAAAGGAGAAGCAGAGUCGCCGGGAGAUGGUCUGGUGGAUGUGAUGUGGGAAUAUAAGUGGGAGAACACAGGGGAUGCCGAGCUGUAUGGACCCUUCACCAGCGCCCAGAUGCAGACCUGGGUGAGCGAAGGCUACUUCCCGGACGGUGUUUAUUGCCGGAAGUUGGACCCCCCUGGUGGUCAGUUCUACAACUCCAAACGCAUUGACUUUGACCUCUAUACCUGAGCCUGCUGGGGGCCCAGUUUGGUGGGCCCUUCUUUCCUGGACUUUGUGGAGGAGACCCCCAAGUGUCUCAGGCAGUGAGGAAAUUGGAGGCCAUUUUUCAGUCAAUUUCCCUUUUCCAAUAAAAGCCUUUAGUUGUGUAUUAGGGCCUUCGCUGUGCUGAUGGCCGGAAGCCAGAGGUCUUCUCCACAGCCUCUUUGGACUCACCUUGGUCCCUGAGUGUUUGCUCCCAUGAAGAUCCUCCAUGGAGGGGCCUGUCAGGCGUCCCGUGGCCUCCAUGCCUGGACUCUGCUUGCUGUGUAAACACCCCCAACUGUGUCACUCUCUGGUUCUCUCUGAGGUUUCUUGUUUGAUUCUCCUUAGGUCUGUGGCUUUCAGAAUUUCAGAUCCUUUGUUCUUGCAGCCACCAGGGAAUAGAACACCAGAAGGGGAGCUUUUAGGACCAGGAGGACCUGGGCAUCCAGAAGACACUGGGACCCUGUUGGGGGAGAGCAGGAAUCCUCUUACUCUCACUCCACCCUCUCAAGCUCCUUAGACGUUGGGCAGAAGUGAGAUGAGUGGCCCAAGACCAAGGCCUGUCCCUGAGGUUCUGAGAGCCAAUAUCUUCUCUAACCUGGCUUUCCUCUGUCCUUGCAGUUGUUCCCACAGCCCUUCAGGGAAGUGCAAACUCAGUGGCCAAGCAUGGGCCAAGUGUGUAGUGUACUGGCACAGAGAGGGGCAGUGACUCACUGGAGGUCACAGGAAUCAAAGGGCUGGCCCAGACCCAGUGGGCCCUUUCUCAGACUUUUCUUGGCACAAAGCCUUUGCUGUCUAGCCUUUGUGGCCCUUCGGCCUACAUUCUCUGGGCCCCACUAUGUGCCUGGCAGAGGGCUAGUGCCUUGAGGAAACUGAGGUAGCUGGGCUGGUCCCCGUCUAGGAAUUCAGAGUCUUGGUGGUAGGGGCAUGGAAGACAGACAGGUGUAAUUCUGUAGCCUGGGCCUGGCACCCCCACCAACACUGCCUUAUACCUCCCUUGCACCAUGCUAGAUGGUUUCUUCUACUUUUUCACUCUGGCUGUCCCUUGGAGUCUCCCAGGGAGCUGUAAUGUCUUUUUGGAGAUUCAGAUUGAGUUGGUCUAGGUUGUGGCCCAGGCAUUGGGUUUUUCAGAAGCCCCCAGGUGUUUCCAGCACACAGCCAGGCCAAGAGCCCCUGGGCCUAACCCCCAUGGUUGAUGCACACCUGGGGGGAGGGGUGGCUCCUGGACCCCACCAUGGUUGUAGAGCUGAGUGUGUGUGACUCUGAUGAGGUUCAUUAGUUAUGGGGGUCUGGGCACCAGAGCUCUAGGAUGCACAGGAGCCCAGGGCAGAAGGGGCCAGAUGAGCAACUAGGAAAGACCUGGGGCCAGGGUGCAGUGGGGGUACCUGACGCUCUUGUGAGGCCCCCUCUAGUGCUUGGCCACACUGGAAUUUCAUUGACUCCAAGAAGCCAUCAGGGGUGAGAUGCCUUCCUUUAACCAUCACCAAGAAAGAAGAGGCCUGUCAGUGACACAGUAAGAUGCCAUUCAUGUAAAGAUGUGUCUUGAUUUCAGAGAGGUCUGGAAGUGGAAAGCGGGUGUCAGGGCUGCUGAGUACAGGGUUCGCCUGUAGGCCCCAGGGAUGGUCUUUUGGGGGUGCUCGGUGAGUGCAUGGUAAAUGGAUGGAGCCCAAGGGCGCCUCCUGUGGGUGUUUUCCAAGCACUCAAAUCUAGCCCUUCCAAAGCUGACCUCACAGUCCUUCUGAGGCGGCCUCACUGAUGUUGGUGAUGGGCUGAGUAAUAGCCUCCAAAGAUGUCUAGGUUCUGAACCCCAGAACCUGAAAAUAUGUUCCCUUGCAUAGUAGCAAAAGGGACCCAGUGCCCAGUGCUUCAGUUCAGAAUUUCUUUUUUUUUGAGACAGAGUCUUGCUGUGUUGUCCAGGCUGGAGUGCAGUGGCAUAAUCACUACAAUCACUGCCUCCUGGGUUCAAGCAAUUCUCCUGCCUCAGCCUCCCAAGUAGCUGGGAUUACAGGCACGCACCACCACGCCCACCUCAUUUUUGUUUUGUUUUGUUUUGUUUUUUUUUUUUUGAGAGAUGGAGUUUCACCAUGUUGGUCAGGUUGGUCUCAAACUCCCAACCUGUGCCACACGCCUCAGCCUUCCAAAGUGCUGGGAUUACAGGCAUGAGACACCACGCCCGACUUUUUUAUUUGAAUGAAUGAGAGGUUCUUAUGUUGCCCAAGCUGGCCUUGGACGCAUACCCUCGCCUCCUGAAGCACCAGGACAACUGGCCCGAGCCAGCGUGGCUCCCCAGGAUUUCAUGGUAGGGAGAUGACCCUGGGUGGUUGAGGUGGGCCCUGAGUAAUCAUGGGGGCCUUUAUAAGGGACAGGGAGUCAGGAGGGUCUGCAAGUGAGGCAAGGAAGCUGCUGGCUCUGAAGAUGGCAGGGAGGCCCUGGGCCAGGCAAUGAGGUGGCCCCUGGAGGAGCUGGAAGAGGCAUCGGAUUCUGCCCCAAAGCCUCUGCAGCGAAACGCAGCUGCACUCACAUGACUUCAGCCCAGUGAAAACCAUUCUGGACUCCUAACCUCUAGAACUGUAAGAUAAUAAAUUGGUGUGGUUUUCAGCCUCUAA